CAUCGGAAACCCCAAAGAGGAAGUUUCCAGCUUCUCUCCACCAGCUGCCGUGGGGGCGCUAUAUAACCUGCUCACUCAGGACCCGAGAGACACUCCUCUACUGCACCUGAAGACAACACUCACAGACAGACAGGCUGACAUCCAGACAGGCUGAUAGACGGACAGGCUGAGAGACAGACAGGCUGAUAGAUAGACAGACAGGCUGAUAGACAGACAGACGAAGGGCAGCUCAACAGUCCUCCAUCCCCAACUCUCAGAAGAAGAAGAUGUCUCUGCUGCGAGCUUCUCUGCUGGCUACCUUUGUUCUCCUGACUGUAUGUCUCCUCACAGCACACACUGCUGCAGCUGCUCCUCAAGGUUGCUGCACCAACUACACGCCGGGGAAAAUCCCGUACGCUGCCAUCAAAGGCUUCUCCAUCCAGAAGAAAGAAGAGAACUGCCCCAUCGACGCCAUCAUUUUUCACACCAAGCGUGGUAGGAAGGCAUGCACCAACCCUGCCGAGCCCUGGGUCAUGCACCACGUCAGCCGGCUGGGGUCUGCAGCAAAGAACGUCCACAGCCAAACGAACUCCAAGCCUUAGUGACGUUGUCACGGUAACAAUGGCGGGGUCUCGCCCUGGGUGCUCCGAGAGCUGGAAGGGUCAACCUGAACGCAGCCCCGCUGUGUCAACCCCCCGCGCAUCACCAUGUCUGACCUCUGCAUCACACUGUCGGAUUUUCAGCUUGUUUAUAUUUUUCGUUGAGAAAAUGUAUUCAAGCCCUGUGUCAAAUGUGCUAAAUAUCUUAAGCUGUAUCUUGCUAUGCAAUAAUAGAUUGAGCUCGUUAUAGUAGCAGUUUAUACAUGUUUUUAAUGUGUACUUUUAUAUGAACGAUUACUUCAGGGAGAUACUUUUGGCUGUAUGUCUAAAAUAAUAAAUAUUUUUUAAUAUAUU